AUGAAUCCACCAAGUCCAUGUUCUGACCCGAACUCAUACUCCCACCCAAGUCCGUUAAACCGGCCCGAUAGAAUGAGCCGGUCUCACGAUGGAGUAAUACUAGCAUCAACUAAGCCAAAGAAACGGGUGGGUCGGACAAAGUUCAAGGAGACCCGACAUCCAGUUUAUAGAGGGGUCCGAAUGAGGAGAUCAAAUAAGUGGGUUUGUGAAGUACGUGAGCCAAAUAAAAAGACUCGAAUAUGGCUAGGAACGUACCCGACUGCUGAGAUGGCAGCUCGGGCUCAUGACGUGGCAGCUUUGGCAUUGCGUGGUAACCUUGCUUGUUUAAACUUUGCUGAUUCUGUUUGGCGGUUGCCUGUGCCGAUCACCAAUAAUCCCACUGAUAUCAGGAAGGCGGCAGCCGAGGCUGCGGAGGCGUUUAGGUUGAAAGAUAUGGAGGUUGACGGUGGUGAUGGGAGGAGAGAUGUGAGUGAUGAUAAGGGUUCUGAUGGGACGUUGUCGGAGAGUGAAGGAAUCACGACGGCGGAGGAGGUGGAGAGUUAUAUGGAUGAAGAGGCGGUGUUUUACAUGCACAGGUUGAUUUCUGACAUGGCAGAAGGUAUGUUGAUACCUCCACCUCCUUGCUUACGUGGAUGGAGUUCAGAUGACGUGGAAAGUCCAGAUGCUGACAUGUGUCUCUGGAAUUUCUCAAUUUGA